AUGGCAACAGUCACCCAACAUCUUACAAUAGGCCUUCAAUACGCACGAAAUUAUGACUAUGCCAAAGCCGAGACUGAGUUUGAUCUAUUACUCUCAUCCGAUCGGACUAAUGUACUUGGUCUAUAUUAUCGUGGUUGUACGAGAAUUCAUCUCAAUAAAUUUGAACUAGCCGUUGAAGAUUUUAAUUCAGCUAUUUCGUCAUCAAAUUUAUCACAUGAAUACGAACUUCAAGCACUAUACAAGCGUGGGUUUGCUCAUCAAAAACUUUAUCAAUUCAACUUUGCUUUGGAUAAUUACAGGCAAUUCUUGAAUCGAACGAAAGAAAAAAGCAAAAAUGAACUUAUUCACAAAGCCUAUUUUUCGAUCGGUACCAUUCAUGCUGCAUUGAAUCGAAAUGAACAAGCUGUACGUCAUUUUGGUGAUGCUAUUAGAACGAGUAGUGGCAGUAUGGAAGACGAACAAAAAGUUUAUUAUCUACAUCGAGGACGGGCCCAUGCAUUUUGUGCCGAUUUUAAGGCGGCUCGGGAUGAUUUAUAUAUUGUUAUUAUAGAAAGUAAUAAUUCUUUUUUUAAGGGUUGUGCUUAUAAUGAAUUAGGUCAACAUGAUCAGGCGCUUCAACAAUUUAAUCUUUUUUAUGAAAGUCAGUUAAGAAAUAAUAAUAAAUCAUCGUCAUUAGUUGAAAUACUCGAUGAUCAUGCUCGAUUUCGACGUGGUCUAUCCUACGCAAGUCUCAAUCGUCAUGAUAAUGCAAUAGCUGAUUAUCAACGUAUCCUUGAUAAUUCAAAUAGAUCAACUUCAUCAACAAUAGCUGAUCGAAUAUUCUUUCGUAAAGGUAUGUCAAGUAUGGCUCUCAAUGAUGUACAUGAUGCUUUAAUCAAUUUUAAUAAAUCGAUAUCAUUCAAUAAUCAUCAAUCUGAUGUAUUCUAUGCGCGUGGAAUGCUUCAUUUUACAUUAGGACGACAUGAUGCUGCUGUUAAUGAUCAUCGACAUGCAUUAGAACUUGGUGAAGCAAAUUCAAUAGUACCAUCUAUCUAUCAAACAUUCUAUCAUACACAUAAAUAUAAUCGAGACGAUGUUAACUCUCACGUUUUUCAUCAAAAGAAAUUACGUGAAGCUGAAACAGCACUAAAACAUUGCAAAGAACAAGGAUUAUCUCUCGAAGAACCACACCGACAAAUAGCUGAACAUCAACAACAAUUUGCUCCGUAUACACAUGAUCCUGAAAAGACUCAUCAUCUAGCUCAAAAGCAUAUUCAAGAAGCACUCAGCUUUUCAACUACUAGACAAAUGUACGAUGACAUAACGUUUGCUAUUAGCAAACUUUAUGAAGCUCAAAUAUUGUGCGAUAAAUACCCAGGUGGAGUAGCAUCCGAACGUAUCGUAAAUCAGUUUGUUACUUCAACAAUGGAAGGUAUUCUAAAAAUGUCUGAAAUAUUCCAAAAAUGUGCACUGGAAACUAAUUGGGAAGAUCUGUUGAACACAUUAUAUGAAUUAAAUGAUAUUUCAGAUACAAAAUCGAAUAAUCCUUUUAAUUUAUUUCGUUUGACAUAUGUUCGAAUUGAGUUGAACAAAGCUAAAAUGAUACAGAAAACAAGCGAAAAAUUUAAAGAUUCUCCUCAACAACAUGAAUUUUGUAUGUUGUUAGUGAUUCGUUUAUGCAAUUUGUUCGACGCCACGCGUGCAGCUACGACAGGUAUCUUUCAACAUGCACUUACAGGUACUUUUACUAAAGUAUCUUACAUUCCUAAGCUACUUGGAUACAUAUGUGAUUUUUUACCUAUGGGUAGUGAAGUUGUUAAAAGUGUUUUCAGCAUAUGUGAAAGCGGUUUGAAACAGCUCGAUGAAAUUCGUAUUCAAAAUGCAUUAAUACAUGUGGGAUGUCUCGAUAAUCGAGAGAAAUUAAAUGAAACUGCAGAUAAAAUUUCUGACAAAUUAACUAUUAUGUACAAACGACAAGUUCAACGAUUUCCUGCUUCGAAAGAUGAUCCAAAUAUCGUCAAGAAAAAUGAUGAAAAGAAAUCAUGUUGGUGUACUAAGUGCUGCCAAUCGUGUUGUAAUUGCUUAAAAAAAUCUAAAAACCGUAUUCUUAAUGAGCGUGAAGCUUCCAAUAUACAGAAUAUUGUUCAAUAUGCAUUUGAACUUCUUGUUAAUAGUCUUACAGAACUCGAAGUCUCGGAAGUGAAUAAUACGGCUGAUUUAAAUAGUUUCUUUAUUAAUUCCAUAUGUCAUUUGUCUUACUUGCCGAAGAUUUAUUGUCAUAUUGCUUUGACGAAGAUUCAACCGAAAGAUGCUAUUAAUGAUGCAGAUUAUUGGAAUACAUAUGAUUUCUUUCGAAGACCUGGUGUUCGAUUUGAAGAGAAUGAUAUUAGAGCUGAUAAAUAUAUGGAUGUAAAAAAGUUUGAUUAUCGUGAACCUUCAUGGAAUGAAGUUCGUUGGUACAAAAAUGAUCAAAAGAAAUUAGAUACAUUAGGUUUCAAGAAAUAUAAUGAAAGUUAG